GUUCGUUCAACAACUUUUAUAACUUCUUUGAAAGCUUUUUUUUUCGUGUUUUUCGUGGUUAUCCGUAAUAUUAAUACCUCAAUCGAUAAAUAUACAUAUAAAUAUAUUAUAAAAAUGACCGCUCCAGUUGGUUGGGAUAAAGGACAAACUUAUCAUGCUGGUCUUCACCCAACAAGAAUUGAAAAAGACUCGCGUACCUCACUUGAACUAAAGUUUUUAAACUUUCUAGAUCAGUACCGUGUUGAAGAACUUUUUGUUUACAGAGAAAAGAUUAAAAGAAACUUUGAAGCUCGAAAUUAUUAUGUCGAUGUUCAUAUUGAACAUCUUGACCUAUAUGAUCGUCAAUUUUCUGAUAGAUUAAAAGAAACACCUGCUGAUUUAUUACCUUUGUUUGAGUCUGCAGUACAAAAAUUUGCCAGAAAACUCUUACAGGAUGUUGAGGCUGAAAUUCCAUCCUUUCAAGUUGUGCUCCGUGCUCCACAAAAAGCAAAUAUCCUUAUGCGUGAAUUAAAUGCAAAUCACAUUUCAAAACUUAUUCGAAUAACUGGAAUAGUUAUUUCAGCUACUAAUUUAACUUCAAAGGCAACACAUGUUCAAAUCAUGUGUAAAACUUGUCGUCAUUUUAAGAUGUUGCCGGUGGCUAGUGGAUUUACAGGUGUUCAACUUCCUAGAACUUGUGAUAGUGACCCAUCUGGAGUUGGUCCAAAAGACUGCGGACUAGAUCCUUUUGUUAUUAUACAUGAUAGAUGUACUUAUGUGGACCAGCAAGUUCUAAAAAUUCAAGAAUCACCUGAUUUUCUUCCGGUAGGAGAUUUGCCAAGACAUAUAACCGUUUAUUUGGAUAGAUAUUUGACUGAUAAAGCAGUUCCAGGUAGACGCGUCAAUAUUGUAGGAAUUUAUGAUGUCUUUAAUAAUAAUAACUCUAACAAAAAAAAAAAUCAGGGUAUUGGUACUCGUAUUCCUUACAUACGUGCUCUUGGUCUAGAGUUUGAUAUGGUUCAAGAUGGACAGGGAACAGCAACUUUCACACAUACCGAAGAAGAAGAAAUAAUUGCUAUGUCACGUAGACCCAAUUUUUAUAAAACAUUUAUGAGUAGUAUCGCACCAUCGAUUUAUGGAAAUCAUGACAUCAAAGACGCUAUUACUUGUUUGCUUUUUGGUGGAAGUAAAAAAAUCCUUGCGGAUGGAAUGAAAUUAAGAGGGGAUAUAAAUAUAUUAUUAUUAGGUGAUCCCGGUACUGCUAAAAGUCAAUUUUUGAAAUUUGUUCAACAGGUUGCGCCAGUUGCGGUUUAUACUUCAGGGAAAGGAAGUAGUGCCGCGGGUCUUACAGCUGCUGUAGUACGGGAUGGUCCAAGUCGCGAAUUUCGUCUGGAAGGUGGUGCGAUGGUAUUAGCAGAUGGUGGUGUAAUAUGCAUCGAUGAAUUUGAUAAAAUGCGUGAAGAAGAUCGGGUAGCUAUUCACGAAGCAAUGGAACAACAAACCAUAUCCAUCGCUAAAGCUGGAAUAACCACAAUAUUGAAUUCUCGUACGUCAAUAUUAGCAGCUGCUAAUCCUAUAAAAGGCCGGUAUGAUGAUACGAAAGCGCCUAAUGAAAAUAUCGAUUUUCAAGCCACAAUUUUAUCAAGAUUUGACAUGAUUUUUAUCGUAAAAGAUGGUCAUGAUGAAAUGAGAGAUAAAGAUAUAGCUAGGCAUGUAAUGAUGGUACACAUGAACCGUGCAGCACCAGAAUCUUCAGCUGGUGAAAUUGAUAUUGCAAAAAUGAAGAAAUAUAUCAGUUAUGCUAGAACGAGAUGCGCGCCGCGUAUAUCUCCAGAAGCUUCAGAAAAAUUAAGUAACUAUUUUGUAAAGAUUCGUGCCGAAGCUAGUCGUGCGGAUCAAAAUAAACAUGGUCACUCCUCAAUUCCUAUUACUAUCAGACAGCUGGAAGCUAUUGUUCGAAUUUCUGAAUCAAUAGCAAAAGUUACGUUAUCUCCACGCGUAGCUGGACAACAUGUUGAUCAUGCAAUCCGUUUAUUCAAAAAUUCUACUAUGAGUGCUCUGUCUUCCACCGAUAUUCCUGGAAUGCAUCAUUCUGAAGCAAGAAGACAAAUUGAGAUAGUCGAAGAGGAAAUUAAACGUCGUAUUGCCAUAGGUUCAAGGGCUUCUACACAACGUAUAAUUAAAGAAUUUGAAAGACAAUUUAAACCAGAAGUCGUACAACGUGCCAUUGAUAUACUAGCAAGACGCGAAGUACUUCAAUACAGGAAUCAAAGAAAAGUUAUUUUAAGGAUAGGGGCAAAUUAAAAAGAAAAAAAUAAAAAUAAUAAAGGUUUUAUUUUUUAAUAAAAAAUUUUAUUUUUAUCAUACACAACCUGGGUAAAAAAUAUGGCAGGAAUUACCAUUAAUUUGGCAGGAAUUAAAGUGAUAUAAUUCAUUAAAA